GACAUGGGUUGGAGGAGACGAAGCAUGUGCCUUGGUACACGGAGUCAUCUAGUACCGGGCAGUUACGAGGCUGUCGUGUGCACAGAUAUGAAAAAAAAAACGAGUAUCACCUUGCCAAAAUAGAGGAAGAACGGCCAAAAUAGAGGAAGAGCGACCAAAAUAGAAAAGCGAAAGAGGGGAAGAAAAUCCUCAGGAUUUGGAGAGGGUUGAAGCAACACGUCUUCUCUUCCACAUCUACGGGUCGCAAAGCAUUGGACUUGGAGGUUGAAGGAGUUCUUUUCCAAAAAGAGAUGGCGUUUUUAGAUCUUUUGUUAAUUGCUUCAAUGCCAGUUUUGAAAGUGCUCCUUGUGACUGCACUGGGAUUAUGUCUUGCUCUCGAAAGUGUUGACAUAAUGGGGGAGAGCACAAGGAAGCAAAUGAAUAGAGUUGUAUUUUUUGUGUUUAAUCCGGCACUAGUUGGCAGCAACCUGGGCGGGACGGUUACUUCAGAGAACAUUGUUCAAUUGUGGUUCAUGCCAAUCAAUAUCCUGAUUACGUUUAUCAUUGGAUCGGCACUUGGAUGGAUACUUUUAAAGGUCACUCGAGCACCACAGCAUGUAAAAGGCCUUCUAUUGGGUUGCUGCACCGCUGGAAAUUUGGGACAUUUGCCUCUAAUCAUCAUCCCAGCAGUAUGCAAAGAGCAAGGCAGUCCGUUUGGAGCGCCUGAUGUUUGCCAUAAAUACGGAAUGGCUUAUGCUUCGCUUUCUAUGGCGAUAGGGGCUGUGUACUUGUGGUCUUAUGUUUUUAACAUCGUGCGGAUGUAUGCAAGUAAAAUAACUAGAGAAGAAGAGACGAUAGACGAAUCGGUGAAAGACACAGAAUCUACAACAGAUACGAAGAAGUUAAUCCAAGAGUGCCCUGAAGCACUUGUUCCAUCAACAAAGUGCUCCUCUAUGGAUGACUUGGAUGAAUUGACGCUUCCUUUGGUAAAACCUGAGGCAAAGAGCCAGGUCUCAACUUGGGGCAAACUUAAGCAAUGCUUAACAAAGAUCUCAAAGAAGAUCAAUCUCCAGACAUUGUUGACACCAUCAACUAUUGGAGCGAUAGUCGGAUUUAUUGUGGGUGUGGUUCCACACAUCAGAGGUUUACUGAUUGGCACUGGCGCUCCUUUAAGGGUCAUAGAAGACUCUGCUUCUUUACUGGGGGAUGCGGCCAUCCCUGCUGUUACCUUGAUUAUGGGAGGAAAUCUUCUCAGAGGAAUAAAGGGUUCGGGCAUUCAGCCAUCUCUGAUUGCCGGAGUUGUAGUGGUUCGUUACAUCUUACUUCCUCUCUUCGGGAUUGUUAUCGUGAAAGGUGCACUGUACUUUGGUCUGGUGCAUGAAGAUCCAUUGUAUCUGUUUAUUCUCCUUCUACAGUAUGCCCUUCCUCCGGCAAUGAACAUAGGCACGAUGACCCAGUUGGUUGGAGUAGGAGAGAGCGAGUGUUCCGUUGUGAUGCUGUGGACAUACGCCUUGGCUUCGGUUGCACUAACAGUUUGGUCAACGUUCUUCAUGUGGCUAGUAGCUUGACUUUCUUUGGCUAACUUUCUUUAUGGACGAUCUCCUCACUAAUAAUAGCUAGUUUCGUUUCCCGGGUGGAUGCAUAUGUCCUCGUGUUCGAGAUUGAUUUUGUGACAUACAUGGAAAAUAAGGUGUCACUGCUUUCGUGCAUUGACCACAGCACUCGUCAUAAUUCUUUCCUGCCGGCAAUUGUGCCUGGCCAAAUUAAUACCGCUGGAGAAUUUUGGUUGUUCCCUGUUAGCAACAGCAUUGGGAUGUAAUGGUUUUUAUUCAGCUGAUCAGCCUGAUUUUGCGGUUUGACAGAAGCCUGAUUGCACGAAUAUUGCUUGUUUAUGAUUUGAGUGAAUAAGUAAAUUACUCAUUCCACA